AUGGUUCGCAAUUUAGUCGUCAUCGGUGGGAACUCUCAUCCGCAGUUGACUGAGAGUAUUUGCGGUGUGCUGGGGAUUCCGCCCGCAGAGGUGCUGCUUUCCAAGUUUGCCGUGGGCGAGACUCGUGUUGAAAUCCAAGAGUCCGUCCGUGAAAAGGAUGUCUACAUCAUCCAAUCUGGCGGUGGCAAGGUUAAUGACCACCUAAUGGAGCUCCUCAUUACUAUUUCCGCCUGCAAGACGGCCUCCGCCCGCCGAGUGACCGCCGUCCUUCCUCUCUUCCCUUACUCUCGCCAAAGUGAUAUUCCUUAUGAUAAGACCGGUGCUCCUCUCGUUAAGUCCUCUGUGUCAAACAAGUCUAGUAAUGGCUACACUUUCGAAAGCACCCCCUCCACCCCCGGACCGUGGAAGCAAGAGGGACUUGGCUUGAUGAAUGGCAUUGACAACCUUCAAAAGAGCCUCGCUAAAGCUCAGAUUGAGGAGACAAAUGGAAGCCCUGUCAAACGUCGACCCGGAAAUUCCGGCAACGGACUGCCCCGCAAUGACACCAAUGAUUCUUUAAAGUCUAUGGCCGGCAAUGUUGCAGAGGAUGCUAACCACGCUUCAUCUAUCUCGAAAAUUAACGCUUUCCAGCCGCGUCCCGGAUACAAGCAGUGGGUUGCACAGGCAGGUACCCUGGUCGCUGAUCUCCUGACCUGCGCCGGGGCUGAUCACAUCAUCACCAUGGAUCUGCACGACCCUCAGUACCAGGGAUACUUUGAUAUCCCAGUGGACAACCUCUAUGGACGUCCUCUCUUGAAGAGCUAUAUUCAGCGCAAUAUUCCCAACUACAGACAGUCUGUUAUUGUCAGUCCUGAUGCAGGUGGCGCAAAGCGUGCGACUGCCAUCGCUGAUCAAAUGGGCAUUGAAUUUGCACUUAUUCACAAGGAGCGCCGCCCCACAAAGAUCACAGACCGCCAGAAUGCCACCAUGAUGUUGGUUGGUGACGUCCGUGAUCGGAUAGCUAUUUUGAUCGAUGACCUAGCGGAUACUUCUAACACAAUUACCCGAGCCGCGAAAUUGUUGAAGAACGAGGGUGCCUCUAAGGUCUACGCUCUAGUUACUCACGGUAUCCUGAGCGGCGAUGCUAUCGAGCGCAUCAACGCCAGCGCCCUCGACAAAGUGGUGGUAACCAACAGCGUUGACCAGGCUGACCACCUGCGCCGAUGCCCAAAACUUGAGGUCCUAGAGGUUGGCCACGUUUUUGGCGAAGCAAUCCGCCGCGUCCACCACGGUGAGAGUAUCAGUGUUCUCUUCCAGUAUGACUGA